GCAAGGUGUUGCACCGACAACCAGCCAUGCGCGUGUUGGUGUUUGCGGUGGCGUCGUGCCUGCUGCUUGCUGCGGGCUCGAUGGCUGCCGAUUAUCAGCGGCACGAGUACACGACGGCUUAUCAGCCCAAGCACCAGGAGUACACGACCAAGCACAUGGAGUACACCACCGCUUACGAGGCACCCAAGAAGGCUUACACGACCGCGUACGUCGCGCCCAAGCAGGAGUACACGACGGCUUACGAGGCACCCAAGCAGGAGUACACCACCGCUUAUGAGGCACCCAAGAAGGCUUACACGACCGCGUACGUCGCGCCCAAGCAGGAGUACACCACGGCUUACGAGGCACCCAAGCAGGAGUACACGACGGCUUACGAGGCACCCAAGCAGGAGUACACGACCGCCUACGUCGCGCCCAAGCAGGAGUACACCACCGCUUAUGAGGCACCCAAGAAGGCUUACACCACCGCCUACGAGGCACCCAAGCAGGAGUACACGACGGCUUACGAGGCACCCAAGCACCAGGAGUACACCACGGCUUACGAGGCACCCAAGCAGGAGUACACGACCGCUUAUGAGGCACCCAAGCAGGAGUACACGACCGCCUACGUCGCGCCCAAGCAGGAGUACACCACCAAGCACAUGGAGUACACCACGGCCUACGAGGCGCCCAAGCAGGAGUACACGACGGCUUACGAGGCACCCAAGCAGGAGUACACCACCAAGCACAUGGAGUACACCACGGCUUAUGAGGCACCCAAGAAGGCUUACACGACCGCCUACGAGGCACCAAAGCACCAGGAGUACACGACCGCCUACGAGGCACCAAAGCACCAGGAGUACACCACGGCUUACGAGGCACCAAAGCACCAGGACUCCAUGAUGGUGAACGAGAACACGUACCUGCUCCCGCCCCCGGCCGCGUCGCGAGGCGACGAUGAGCCUCAGUGGCCUCUCUACAAGAAGUGCAUCGCGGAGUUCUUUGCCACGCUUCUCUUCGUGUUCAUUGGCUGCGGCGCCAUCCAAACCGUUGACUACGAGGAAGGCCAGAAGAUCCAGCUCAACCCACAGACUGUUCUGACAAUUGCCCUUGCCCACGGUCUUGCCAUCUUUGCCCUCGUUGCUGCCACGGCAAAGAUUAGCGGAGGCCACAUCAACCCUGCCGUGUCGCUGGGCAUCUUCCUGGCCGACCACAAGACCUUCACCGCUAAGCACCUCGCUGCAUAUGUUGUAUCACAGAUCUCUGGCGCCAUUGCUGGUGCCGCCAUUCUCCUGGGGGUGUAUCCGCUGCACUACCUCCGCAACACCAACUUUGGCGCACACCAGCUCUCCCCCGCGUUUACUGUUGGCAACGGCGUCCUGCUUGAGGCCAUCUUGACAAUGCUGCUCGUGCUCGUCGUGCUCCGCACCGCCGUCGAUCGCGUUGGCCAGAGCUUUGCACCCCUUGCUAUCGGCAUCGUUGUCACCAUCGAUCACCUUGUUGGCGUGCCUGUGACUGGCGCGAGCAUGAACCCUGCGCGGUCGUUUGGCCCUGCGCUCCUCGGCAAUGCCUGGACCAACCACUGGAUCUACUGGGUUGGCCCCUCCGUUGGCGCCGUCGUCGCUGCCUUCCUCUACUUCGUUCUCCUGCGCACCCGUGUGUAG